AUGGAAUCCAGAUGCGGAGAAGGGAAGUCGCGUCGGAGUCUGAAGCAACAAUCUAAGUUUGGAUCCAUUGACCGAAAACCAGCAGGGGAAGAAUCCCAGGCUACAAUGCUCCCCGGAAAAACCGCUGUAUACUUCCGCAAGCCACCAACAGGCAACGUAGAUCCGAAGAAAUUGAACCAGGGAAACUGUGGUCUAGUUCUCGGCAACUCCGUUGACUUGCAGCUUCGGAGGUCACAAAUCAGCUUGCGAGCCUUGAUCGCGGCUGUGGAAAUUACUCCCCGUCGAGUGACAUCGUCUUUGUCUCAAACUUUAUUGUAG